ACCCUCUCCAAACUCGCCAUCCACCAACGUUCCCACACGGGCGAACGUCCCUUUUCCUGCCCGGAUUGUCCCAAAUCUUUCGCCGAUCCUUCCGUCUAUCGCAAACAUUGCCGUGCCCACGCCGGCCAUCGCCCUCACCGUUGCGCCGCCUGCCCCAAAGCCUACGUGGAACGCAAAGACCUCCACAACCACCAACGCUCCCACACCGGGGAGAGGCCCUACCUGUGCUCCGAAUGCGGCAAGAGCUUCGGCCGCUCGUCCUCCCUGGCUUGCCACCAGCGCAUCCACGCUCACCGCAAGCCGUACGGCUGCGGCGUCUGCGGCAAAGCCUUCACCCAGCUCUCCUCCUUCCAAAGCCACCAGCGCGUGCACACCGGCGAGAGGCCGUUCUUGUGCCCGCAGUGCGGCAGGAUGUUCUCGGAUCCUUCCAGCUACCGCCGGCACCAGCGAGCCCACCAGGGCGUCAAGCCUUACGGCUGCACCGAAUGCGGCAAAGCUUUCCGGCAGCCGGCCGAUUUGGCUCUGCAUCGCCGGAGCCACACCGGGGAAAGGCCUUGGAGGUGCGGGGAGUGCGGCAAGGCUUACAAGGCGUCGUGGGAUCUGAAAAGGCAUCGCUUGAGUCACAGCGGGGAGAGGCCGUGGCGAUGCGGGGAGUGCGGGAAGGGAUUCGGGGAGAGGGCGGCGUUGGGGAAGCAUUGGAGGACGCAUUCUGGUGAACGGCCCUAUAGCUGCGGGAGGUGCGGGAAGGGGUUCGGGGGGGCGUCCGGGCUCAGGAAGCACGAGAGGACG